CCCACGCCAACGACGACCCAGCUGCUAGCUAGCUCCUCCUCCAGUAGCCGGAUCGGCGAUCGAUGGGUGGUCACGGCGACCACCAUCACCACCACCAGGAAGUUGGAGUGCUCGUCGACGACGACGGCGACGACGAGGAGCUCGAGCACCAGGGGAGGGCCUGCGGUGGCGCCACGAGCGGAGGAGUGGUGGAGCAAGGGGUAGGGGAUGGCGGCAGUGCUGGUCAUCAAGACGCUGCGGGCAUGGCGUUCGAGGCGAGCAUCAGCAGCGUGGGGAGCGUGAGUGCAGCAACGACCAUGGCGCCGCCCCAGAUCCUCUGCUGGCCACCGCCGCCGCAACAGCAGCAGCUCCAGCAGCACCAUAACCUCGGCGGUGGCCACCACCAGUCCCCGUUCUUCCCGCUCCUGCAGCCGCCGCCGCCGCCGCCGCCUCCCCCGCCGCAGCCGCCCUUCUUCGCCGACUUGUACGCGCGGCGCGCGCUCCAGCUCGCGUACGACCACCACCAUUCGGGCGGCGGCGGCGGCCCGUCCACGUCGUCGGACCCGCUCGGCCUCUACAUGGGGCACCCGCACCACCACCAGCAGCACGCCGGCCCAGGGAUGAUGAUGAUGAUGCCCCCGCCCUUCGCGUCCUCGUCGUCGCCCUUCGGGGACUUCGUCGGGCGGAUGACCGCGCAGGAGAUCUUGGACGCCAAGGCGCUGGCCGCGUCCAAGAGCCACAGCGAGGCCGAGCGCAGGCGCCGCGAGCGCAUCAACGCGCACCUCGCGCGCCUCCGCAGCCUCCUGCCCAACACAACCAAGACAGACAAGGCGUCGCUGCUGGCGGAGGUGAUCCAGCACGUCAAGGAGCUGAAGCGGCAGACGUCGGAGAUCACGGAGGAGGCGUGCCAGCUCCCCACCGAGUCCGACGAGCUCACCGUCGACGCGUCCAGCGACGAGGACGGCCGCCUCGUCGUGCGCGCGUCGCUCUGCUGCGACGACCGCGCCGACCUGCUGCCGGACCUCGUCCGCGCGCUCAAGGCGCUCCGCCUGCGCGCGCUCAAGGCCGAGAUCACCACCCUCGGCGGCCGCGUCAAGAACGUCCUCCUCAUCACCGCCGACGACAGCAGCGCCGCCGCCGGAUGCCACGACGACGGGGGGCGGCGGCGCCGGAUGACGACGACGACGACCGGCAGGAGGAGGCGGCGCCCGUGUCCGUGUCGUCGCAGCAGCACACGGUCGCGUCCAUCCACGAGGCCCUGCGCGCCGUCAUGGAGCGCACGGCGGCGGCGUCGGCCGCCGAGGACUCGGGAGCGGCCGCCGCCGGGCUCAAGCGGCAGCGCACGACGAGCCUUUCGGCGAUCCUAGAGAACAGCAGGUCCAUCUAGAAGCUAAUUAACAUAUAUCCACGCACCACCACCACUUCCACUUGAUGAGAUGUGCAAAAUUUAAAACGAAACAACAGUAGAACACAAACACCACAAUCUCUCGAUCAGAUGAGUUGGUCAUAAUACCAUAUAAUACCAACCAUGCAUGCAACUAGCUGGCGCUACUUACACGGAUCCAUGAUAAUGCAUGUUUGCCCGUCGUUAUCAGCAUCCACUACUUUUUUUUUAAAAAAAAAGUUUAUUCUCAUUUAUUUCUAGUCUUCCUCUCUUGUGCUGUGCAUGUAUUGAUCUGAUGAAUCGGUAGUAGUGUGUGCCUCUGCAUGCAUAUGGGUGGGAUAUCCUCGUCGUCAAUCAAACACAGCGAUUCGUUUUUCUUCUUUCUCUUAAUUACCAGCAAAUAAAUUAAAUCGUCAGUUCGAUCUUUGGACGUAGCAGAAGCUUGCAGUUGCAGGCAGCUAUAAUUGAGAGCAUUGAGUACGUACUACGUAGCAUGGCUUCGUAACUAGAUUAGCUGCUGGUUACGAUCGAAGUCAUGUAUAACUAUAAUUUAUUUAUAGUUCCUUUCUUGACAUUAGCAUUAGCGCUGGUUAUUAGUCAUGUACUACGUCCUACAAUGUAGAAGCUGCGGUUCAAUUCGGAUAUUCGGUAGUCAAGACAUAUUUCGUAGGAGUGAAUGAUAUUAUACUACAUACUGCCACUCUCGAUUUCCCAGCAAACGACAGGCACAUGGCAACACCAUCCAUCUUCGUUCAGAAUGGAAACUCUCCACUUCGACGUAGGUCUCUGCUGACUUGGCGCCGUCCCUUAUUAUACUGAGGCCAUUGAGUAGUAUAUGAAGCUGCACACUUCAGUCAUGAAUCUAAGGCCAUCCCCAAUGCUGGGGCUCAUAUAUACUUUUCAAGGGACACGAAAAAUAUUUUGUAUUUCAUUGAUGAAUGGAAUAGCACAUGCAUGCGCUGU